GAUUGUCAGUGUCACACUACCAAUAUUUACUGAUGAAAAGAGACCAUCCUAAUUCUUCCGAGAGAACGUCUAUAAGCAAGACACAGAUUAAUCACACCAAGACUGCACCAAGACUGAAAAUCAAGCCUGAAGAUGUUUUCCAAUAUGCUAACAGGUUGGGAAAGAAUUGGGUUUGGCUCUAUGACAAUAGCACUCGCUGUUCUAUGUUUUUCCUUUCUGAUAUUACUUCGGAGGAAAAAGAGCAAACUUCCUCCGGGUCCUAAAGCCUUGCCCUUCCUGGGCAAUCUACAUCAGCUGGAUUCCAAAGAUGUGAUCAAAUCUCUAAGAGAGCUGAGCCACAGAUAUGGUCCAGUCUUCACCAUCUACCUUGGACCACAACCCAAUGUUGUCCUCUAUGGAUACAAGGCAGUCAAGGAAGCUUUGGUGGAACAGGCUGACAAUUUUAGUGGCAGAGGAGAGUUUCCUGCAUUUCAAAGAUUCACUCGAGGAAAUGGAAUGGCAUUUUCCAAUGGGGAGAAGUGGAAGGACCUCAGGCGUUUUGCAUUGGCAACCCUGCGAAAUUUUGGAAUGGGGAGGAGCAGCAUAGAGGAAAGAAUUCAAGAGGAGGCACAAUACACGUUGGAAGUGUUCAGAAACACAAAGCAAAAGCCUUUUGAUCCAACUUUCUCCUUGAGUCAAGCCGUCUCCAAUGUCAUCUGCUCAAUCGUCUUUGGUAAUCGGUUUGAGUAUGACAACAAGAAAUUUGUGUCACUUCUUCAACAUAUCAGUGACAUUUUUCAUAUUUUAAGCUCUGGCUGGGGAAAGCUGUAUAACAUAUAUCCUGGGAUCAUGGAUUACUUGCCAGGACCUCAUCAACGCAUUUUCAAAAAUUUUCAAAGCAUGAAAGAUUUUGUGCUGGAGAUUGUGAGGGACCAUGAAAAAACAUUUCAGGCUGAAAAUCCACGUGAUUUCAUAGACUGUUUCCUUAUCAAGAUGCAAAAGGAAGAAGGAAAACCUAUAAGCUACUUCAACAUGGAGUCCCUUGUGAUGACAACUCUUAAUGUGUUCUUUGGAGGAACGGAAACUGUUAGUACUACUUUAAGAUAUGGGAUCCUUAUUCUAAUGAAAUACCCAGAUAUAACAGAGAAAGUACACCAAGAAAUAGACAAAGUGAUUGGAAGAAACCGAUGCCCAACAGGGGAAGAUAGGACCAAGAUGCCAUACACUGAUGCUGUGAUCCAUGAGAUACAACGUUUUACCAGUAUAAUUCCACUGAAUGUACCCCAUUGUGUCAUACGGGAUACCCAGUUCAGAGGCUAUCAUCUGCCUAAGGGCACAAACGUGACCCCAGUCCUUGCCUCCGUCCACAACGAUCCUGAGAAAUUCAAGGAACCCGAAGCAUUCAACCCAGAAAAUUUCUUGGAUGAGAAUAAUCGGUUCAAGAAUAAUGAUGCUUUUAUGCCUUUCUCUUUAGGUAAACGCAUCUGUCCAGGGGAAGGUUUAGCCCGCAUGGAAAUUUUCAUAUUUUUUACUACUUUCCUGCAAAAUUUUGAGUUCAAACCCACAGUACAUCCUGAAGAGAUCGACCUCACCCCAUCACUCAGCGGUGUUGGCAAUGUACCCGUAGAUUACCAGCUAAUUGCUGUGCCUCGUUAGUAUACUGAGAAGUAUGGUAAUUCCUGGUGCUUUAUGUACAUUUAAAAUUAAUUCUGUGCCAGACACUAGAGGGCAGCAUUGUAAUGUGUAUUAGUAGGUAACGAGCAACUCGGAAACCUGUAUUAUACUGAAAUGUAAAAACUUUCAACAUAGUAAACACAAAAUAAAGUAAAAUAUAAUAAAGGUAAUGCAAGAUUAGGUCAGAACAGCCUGUUCAUUACAACCUUAAAAGGGUUGUCCCCUUCUUCCCCUACUCAGCCUCCCUGAUAUGAGCAUCAGAGCAUUUCAGGCUCCAAUGUUCUCCGUUGCCCUGUGCUGUAUCGUGCAGGGCAAUGGCAUUUUUUGUACCGGGCUCUCCAAGGGGAAAGCUAGGUGGAGGCUUCCGCCUAGCAGUGAGCCCUGUGACUACAGCGGCACUAAUGAGCGCUCUUUAGCGCUACCCUUAUCUGUAAAAUGGCUAGGGCAGUGCUACCCCCCCCAUCAGAGUCGGUGACAUCACCAGGAACACUGCUAGGUGGAAGCCCCCACCUAGCAGUGUAAUAAUAUAAACAAAAAAGAAACUUGCCCUGUGCCAUACAGCGCAGGGCAAGGAUGAGCAUCGGAGCAUGAAAUGCUCUGAUGCUCAUGUCAGGGUGGCAGGAGGGGUGAAAUUGGCGAUAUAUCUGGGUUCAGCUAUAAACUCGGAAAACCCCUUUAAGGGUACUCCCACACAGGGUGGAUACACUGUAGGACUUUCAACCAUGGAAUUGCCGACAAAAAAUAAGUGAAUGAGAUUUUUAUAAAUUUUAUCAUCAAUUCACUGCUGCAUAAAAAAGCCAUAGUGGAUUUUACUUGUGUUGUGGAUCACAGAAUGUCAGU